GGGGGGGCUGACCAGGAACCCAGCUUCCUGCUCAGUACCCAGGCAUCUAGCCCCUGGCUCACCCCCACCCCUUCCAGCCCCCACUCCCCUCAGGAACCUAGGGUUCCAGCCCUCCUACCAAAUCCCAGCUACCCCUCCCCCCAUCAGUUUCUCCCCCCCAGGGGAUGGAGGCCGAGAGACCCCAGGAAGAAGAGGAAGGUGACCAGGAUCAGGGCCCCCAUCAGGAUGAGCUUGACUGGCCCCCUGUGAACACCACCGCUCGGCCUUGGCGAUCUGCUCCUCCAUCCCCUCCUCCUCCAGGAACCCGCCACACAGCCCUGGGGCCCCGCUCCGCCUCCCUGCUUUCCCUACAGACUGAGCUCCUUCUGGAUUUGGUGGCUGAGGCCCAGUCCCGCCGCCUAGAGGAGCAGAGAGCCACCUUCCACAUCCCCCAGAACCUCCCAAGCAUAGCCCCAGCCCCACUCCGGCCUCUUGAGGACAGAGAACAGCUCUACAGCACUAUUCUCAGUCACCAGUGCCAGCGGAUGGAAGCCCAGCGGUCAGAGCCUCCCCUACCCCCAGGGGGACAGGAGCUCCUGGAGUUGCUGCUGAGAGUUCAGGGUGGGGGUCGAAUGGAGGAGCAAAGGUCCCGGCCCCCCACACAUACCUGCUGAGACUUGAGCCCGCCCCUACCAGCCACUCCGCACUCCUGGGGCUCAAAGCUGGGCAGCCCACGGCAUGCCCUCAACUCCUGCUUGGCAGGGACACCAGAGACUGGAGGACCCAGGAGAAAUCUCAAUAUUCAUCACCCUCAUCCACCUUUCCUGGGAAUGGAGGUGGUGAAAGUCCUCAAACCCUGGGCAUAGUCAGUAGGAUGGUCAUUUAACUCCCUGCCCCAGUAUGUAGGAGCUUGAAGCAGUGAAAGGAUCCCAGCCACUGAGGGACACCCUACCCCCUCCCCUGAUCCCAAGUAGUGGCAGUAAGUCCUGAGCUGUGGAGACACCCCCAGUGGUCUAGCCACUAGGCAGAAUCUGAGGGCUCAGGCCUCCAUCUCCCAAAAAAAGGCAAAUCUCCCAA